AUGUCGUCUUGCCCACACAACCACCAAUUUAACAAUGAUGAACUUUCAAUAAUUACCUCCUUCAUGCACCCGUGUGUUCUUCUCAUCAAUAUCCAACUUGUGUCCAAGAAUUUUCAACUCGUCAUUGAAACACAUGAAAAUUAUUGGAAAAUGUGUUGCGAAAAAUAUUUCAAUUCGGGAUUUUUCAAAUGGGAAGAAGAUUUGCCAUUUCAAGUGGAAAAAUGUGAUGAAUUUUCAAGUUUUCAUUAUAAAUUAUUUGUUGCAUGGUCAAAAUCCAUUCCAAGAAUUCUGAAAGUUGGAAGAUUGCCUAUUUUGUCGAAUAACAAUUGUGGAUCUGAGCAUGAAAGAAGUAUAUUCGAAAGAUAUGACCCAACAAGAUAUGCCACUAAACAUUUGACUCAAUUGGUUAUUUUAUUGAAUGUAUUUUCAUUAACCAAAUUUAGAAAUAAUUUUUACGGACAUUUGGAAAAUGUGAAUUCAUUUUAUAGAGAUUUUCAAAGUUAUGAUGAUAAAUCAGACGAAGAAUCACUACUAGUAGAUGUGAAUUCUGAAAUAAUCUUUCAUAAUUUACCUUUUGGCGCCUUUUGCUUAAUGAUUCUCUCACCAAAUCAGAGUGAAAAGAUUAAAUUAGUCGAAACGUUACUAAUGAAACAGUUACCAGACGAAACUAAAGAUGGUGCUGAUUUAGUUCUCAGUGUUUCCAGUCCAAAUCCAACAAAUGUAUCUGAAGAAGGAGUAGUUUCGUAUUUCAAUUCCAUGACAAAUUCCACAGACACGAGAUGGACAGAUGACAGAGAUUAUGGAUGGGAGAGAUCUUGGCUACCUUGUUCUGGAGCUGGAUUUGUGACUAUUUAUUCAUUUGAGGAGAAAAAAGAGUUGAAACAAGUUAGUAUGGAUCGAAAUUAUUUUUAUCCUUAA